AUGUAUUUGCACCAGACAUUCAUAUUUCUGUGCGGAGUUUACAUCUGUGGUGCUGGAUAUGGUACCUACGGCUACUAUGGCCCUACGCCUCAAUCGGAUGUCGAGGCGCCGUCUUAUGUCCCACCAUACAUAAGAAACAAUGCACAUGGCUUCUCCUACCCUCACAAUUACCGCACGAAAAAUGCAUACUCCGGCACAAAAACGGCAUAUUCUGGCACGAAGACCGCAUACAUACCUAGGAAGACUGGGUACGCAGGGACUAAAACUCAUUAUGCGCCCGUUAAUGGCUACAAUGAGAAUUCCUGGUCGCAGGAAAAUGUGCCUAACCAGCGGCCAUUCAUCAGCGGAGCCCAAGAAAUGGGACCAAAAUGUGAGAUAGAAUGCAAGAACAACGGGAUCUGCGUGGACACAAACACAUGCAAGUGUCCUCCCAAUUUCCACGGAACGUAUUGCGAGUUCGAGAAGAAACCUUGCCUCGUGUAUCCUCCGCUGCCGAUGAACUCUAUCAGAAAAUGCUCCACUGAAUACUGCACGGUCACAUGCAUGGAAGGUCACAAGUUCAUAGAUGGGACGACGGUGGCUAACAUGCGCUGUGUUGGCGGCGAGUGGCAGCCGACCCGUGCGGACUUCUCGUCCAUACCCGACUGCACACCGGAGUGCGACCCUCCCUGUCUCAACGGGGGGGUGUGCCUGUCGGUGAACACCUGCCAAUGUUCCGCCGAGUACAGAGGACCUCAAUGCCAAUACUCGGCGAGCGCCUGCGACAUAAGGAAGCUCGCCUUCAACGGCGGAUACAACUGUUCCGGGGACGGCGAGCAGUUCUCCUGCACUCUCAGUUGCCCAGCAGGCGCCGACUUCAGCACCCCACCCGCCUCCCUCUACACCUGCCUCUACUCGACCGGCGUGUUCAUGCCGCAGCCGAUACCGCAUUGCGUUUUCAAUCAGGUGAUCGUGAUUACGCCUAGCAACCGACCUAUCAGUAGCACAUUUUACGAAGUUCAAAACCUGCGGAACAUUACUACAAGCGAAAGUGUUCACCUCACGCCGGAGUCGGCCACCUUCGGAGCAGGGAGCCACAAGCCGCCUUCGCACCAGGUCAUCGUGGUGCAGGACUUCACGCCCAAGGGCGGUGCCUGCCUCACCUGGGCCGGAGUCCAUUACAAGACCUUCGAUGGCAAGAUAUACAGCUUCCAGUCGCCGUGCCAGCACAUCCUGGUGCGUGAUUCGCAAGAGCAUAAGUACACCGUGGCCGUCAGGAACCCGGAGUGCCAACGCCAUGACUAUUGCCCGUCGGAACUUGUCGUAUAUCUAGACGACAAGAUGUACGCUCUGAGCGUAGGAGAGGAUGGAGCCGUACUAUUCCGUAACACAAAACGGCUGAUUCCUAUCCCGGCCUCUCUGCCUGGCAUCCGUGUAUCCAUGCCAAGUGACCAAGUAUUUGUCAACUUAGAUGCCUUGGGGGUCACAAUCAAAUGGGACACAAACAAUAUUAUUGUAGUAGAGGGUACACUGUUAUUGUGGAAUAAGACCGAAGGUCUUUGCGGUACAUUGGACGGAAAUCCGGAGAAUGAUUUCAGGAUCAAAGAUGGCACCGUAGCAAAAACUAAAUCGGUGAUGGUGGCCUCGUGGCAAGUGAAUAAGAUCGGAGAUAUAUGCGACAGCAGAACCGCUGAGAAUAGCGCUUGUGCCUCUAAAAGUGACGAGGACAUGAAAAAAGCGUUGCAGUUCUGCACGAAAGUCUUCAGCAAGGACAAAUUCCGCAAAUGCUCUAAGGUAAUGGAUGUCUCCCUACUGUUGGAAGCUUGUCAGUGGGACUAUUGCGCGUGCACCACAAGUUUAAGCCCUGAAGAGUGCGCCUGCAAAACGGUAUCCGUCUACGCGAAAGAAUGUCUUCGGCAUGGCGUCGAAGAAAUGAAGACAUGGCGUGACUCAGACACGUGUCCAAUGCAGUGUCCAGAUGGUAAAAUUUAUCGGUCAUGCGGUACCGACACACAGCCCAGCUGCGCAUUUCCCUUGGCGACGAAAUCUGACAAUAGUUCAUGCGUGGAAGGCUGUUUCUGCCCUGACGGUCUAUUUUUGGAAGGUGGAAGGUGCAUUCCUAAGGUCGAAUGCCCCUGCCGCGUCAGAAAUCAAAGCUUCCCACCAGGAACCGUCUUAAAAAAGAGCUGCAACACAUGCACUUGUCAAGCCGGAGAGUGGAUUUGUACGCAAGUGCCGUGCGGCGCCAGAUGUAGCGCUGUGGGGGAUCCCCACUACACGACAUUCGAUGGCCUGCGCUACGACUUCAUGGGCGCCUGCACUUACACCCUUCUGCAAACUGAAAACGUCACCGUUGAAGUCGAAAAUGUUGCCUGCUCUGGAAGUAUUACCGAGGCAAUGAACCUAGCACCGUACAAGGGCGAAGGGAAGCCGUCCUGCACGAAGGCAGUCAACGUCUUGUUCCACGGGGCACACAUACACAUGAAGCAGGGCGGGUUCAUCCUCGUCAAUGGGAAAGAAGUCUCCUCUCUGCCGGUCAACGUCGGGGACAUAAGGAUACGCGCAGCCUCCUCUCUAUUCAUAAUCGUUCAACUGCCAAUCAAAGUAGACCUGUGGUGGGAUGGAAAUACCCGAGUUUUUGUCGAUGUCCCUCCGGAAUUCCAUCAAAGUACAAAGGGUCUUUGUGGAACUUUUAAUCUGAAUCAAAAGGACGAUUUCCUCACCCCCGAGGGUGACGUGGAACAGUCCGCUUUCGCAUUUGCCAACAAAUGGAAGACCAGGGAGUUCUGCAACGACGUCGCUAUAAAGGAACCAGAACACCCAUGCAAAGCCAACAUCGAAAACAAAGAAGCAGCUGAAAAGUAUUGCAGUGUUUUAAAGAGUGCUCUAUUUGAAUCCUGCCAUUGGUACGUGGACGUGCAGCCUUACUAUGAGAACUGCCUGUACGACAUGUGCGCUUGCGAUGGCGACGCUUCUCGCUGCUUAUGCCCCAUUCUUGGGGACUACGCGAUGGCGUGCGCUGCCAGCGGCGUUUACGUGCAGUGGCGGUACAACGUCAAGGAGUGUGAAAUAUCGUGUAGCGGUGGUCAAGAGUACACUGUGUGUGCGGACAGCUGCCUUAGGACUUGUUCAGAUGUGGCAUUGGCUUCGAAGCUCUCCUGCAAAUCCUCCUGCGUCGAAGGCUGCGCUUGCCCACCAGGACAGGUUUUGGAUAGCAGCAACGUGUGCGUGCCGGUCGCCCUGUGCCCAUGCUUCCAUAAAGGCAUGCAGUUCAACCCCGGCUACAAGGAAGUGAGGGCUGGAGCUCGAGAGCGUGAGCUAUGCACUUGCGUGGGCGCCCGUUGGGACUGCGAGCCAGCUACCCCGGACGAGAUAGCCCGCUACCCGCCCGCUGAGGACCUUCGCAGCAACUGCAGUGCCGCCAACCACAGGGAGUUCACCACCUGCGAGGUCGCUGAGCCGCUCACCUGCAAGAACAUGCAUCUGGCGCGAACUGCGACGACAAGCGAGUGCCGGCCAGGGUGCCAGUGCAAGAAGGGCUACGUGCUGGACACGGGCUCUGGCGAGUGCAUACUGCCGACCCAGUGCCCCUGCCACCACGGCGGCAGGAGCUACGCGGACGGCGAGAGCAUGCAGGAGGAGUGCAACACUUGCGAGUGCCGCAGUGGCGUGUGGGAGUGCAGCGGCCGCCCUUGCGUCGGCGUGUGCGCGGCGUGGGGUGACUCCCAUCUGUCCACCUUCGACGGUGUCCAUUACGACUUCGAGGGCGUCUGCAGCUACCUUCUCGCCAAGGGCGCCAUGGACGACCGCGACGGCUUCUCCGUGGAGAUCCAGAACGUCCCAUGUGGAACGACUGGAGCGACCUGCUCCAAGUCCGUGACCCUGAAGGUGUCUAACGCCGAUGGUACCGAGGAGUCGGCCUCGCUGGCACAAGGAGCCCCGUUACCUGACCUCUCCGGUUUGAAGAGAAUUAAACUGCGCAUCGCUGGUGCGUACGUGUUCUUGGACGUGCCAAGCUUGGCUAUGAGCCUCCAAUGGGACCGUGAGCUGAGAGUCUAUAUUAAAUUAGACUCCAUCUGGAAGAAUAGGGUCAAAGGUCUAUGCGGUAACUACAACUCGGACAUGCGAGACGACUUCCAAACUCCGUCAGGGGGCGGCUUUGCCGAGACCUCCGCCCUCAUAUUCGCCGACUCCUGGAAACUGAAGCCCACCUGCCCGAAGCCACAAGAAGUUCCUGACCACUGCCAGCAGCGGCCGCAGCGAAAACAGUGGGCGGAGGGCGUGUGCGGCGCGCUGAAGCGGUUCCCCUUCACGCUGUGCCACUCGGAGGUGGCGGUGGGCGCGCACGUGCGCGCCUGCGAGGCGGACGCGUGCGCGUGCGACGCGGGCGACGACUGCCGCUGCGCGUGCGCCGCCAUCGCCCACUACGCGCACGCGUGCGCCGCCCGCGGCGUCACCUUCCAGUGGCGCUCGCAGGAGCUGUGCCCUAUGCAAUGUGACGGCGAAUGUUCCAACUACAAUUCGUGCAUGUCGCCGUGCCCACCCGAGACUUGCGACAACACGCUUGACUACGCACAGUUGAAGACUGUCUGCGAAAAAGAAACGUGUAUUGAAGGUUGCAAGCCAAAUAAGACAUGUCCAAAAGGUGCGGUGUACUCGAACAGUUCACUGACCGAGUGCGUCCCGCGCUCCAAAUGCCGUCCAGUUUGCAUGAUCCUCGAGGACGGAAAGGAGGUAUUCGAAGGUGAGGUCAUCGAGGAAGACGACUGCCACACCUGCCGGUGCUCCAAGAAGACCAAAGUCUGCACUGGGCAGCCUUGUUCCACGACCGCGACGAGCCCCGCGUCACCGACGUCGCCACGGUCCCAGGACGAGGCGCUGAAGUGCGUGGGCGGCUGGACGCCGUGGCUGAACCGCGGCCCCCCGGAGAUAGGCGCCGAAGGGGCCUCCAUCGAAAACGAACCGCUGCCCCGCUCCAACGAGCUGGUGAUUGGAUCUCCGAUGUGCAAGUCGGACAUGAUGAAGAAGAUCGAAUGCCGCACCGUGGGUGACCACAAGACCGCAAAGGAGACUGGGCUCAACGUCGAAUGCAGCCUGGAGCACGGGCUAGUGUGCCGCGAGCAAGAGUCCACCUGCCCAGACUUUGAGAUACGGGUCUUCUGCGAUUGUGAAGAGACAUUCCAGUGCCUGGACUCGACCCACCCCAACCACCCGCAUCCAACGGACUGCCGCAAGUUCUACGAGUGCACGCCGGAACCCGGGAACCUGCCGGGGCAGAAGCACGCCGUGGUCAAGGAGUGCGAUGCCGGUCUGCUCUACAACCCCGUCGCUAUGGUGUGCGACUGGCCCGCAUCGGUGAUCGCCCUGCGACCGGAGUGCGGCACCACCACCACCACGGGAUUCCAAGAGACAACUCCGCUGGAUAUAACUGCUACACAAAAACCAGGAGAGCCGAGACUCAUGACAUCGGAAUCGUCUAUUGGCACUAUCAAGUCCACAGCAGCCACGACCCCUCUUCCGACUACUAGCGAACAGUGCCCUCCUGGCCAGGUCUACUCGCCGUGCGCAUACCCUUGCGACAAUCUCUGCGACCAUUUCCUGCAGACGCUGCUGGAGAAAGACCAAUGCAUGCCUGGACAGAAAUGCGUGAAGGCGUGCAUCGAUGAAUCGGUAGCGAGCGUCAAGUGCGAGUUUGGCUCUAAGUGGCGCGACGAGAAAACCUGCGUGCCGAUCAAAGAUUGCACUUGCUACGACGAAGGGCAGAUCGUUAAGCCCGGCGGCGUUGUGGUGCGCGGCUGCGAGAAGUGCCAGUGCUUAGACAACGCCCUCCAUUGCGACACCAGCGACUGCGUCUCCAUCUUCACUUCAGCGGGUCCUACGCACAUGUCGUACAUCAUCAAACCGCAGAGCACCACCCCCAUAGUCACCACCACCAUCGCUCCCACCAAGCCGGUUCUAGUUACGAUCUCGUCCACGUGGACGCCCGCUCAGACCACGACGGCCGUACCACAAUCUUCAGCAAACACCACAGUGUUCUCAUACACUACGCAACCCACCAUCGAGCUCACCACGGAACAGACGAGCACGGCGACCACUCUGACGACCCAGCCGCCCCUCAUCAUCAAGUCCACGACCACGCCGCCACCGAAAUGUAAUCCGGAUAAUUACAAGUACCUGCUGUGGAGCGACGAGCCGCUACCGAAUUCCGCCUUCACUGCCAGCUCAGUUGAGAGCGCACUCUACGAGCCGCAGUUCGCCGAGCUCAACGCCCACCCCCUGGACAUAAGCGCCGGCAGUUGGACUCCGAAGACGAUGGACGCGAACCAGUACAUCCAAGUGGAGUUGCCACGCCGUGAACCGAUAUACGGUGUGAUAAUGCAGGGUAGCCCCCUGUACGAUGAGUAUGUCACCAGCUACGAAGUUAUGUACGGCGACGAUGGCCACGUCUUCUCGACAGUCGACGGCCCCGACGGCAACCCUAAGGUGUUCCGCGGCCCGGUCGACAACAGCAACCCCGUCCAGCAGAUGAUCGAGCCGCCAAUCGAGGCUAAGUUCGUCCGGAUCCGUCCGCUCACCUGGAAGGAGAAGAUCGCUGUCCGCUUCGACGUCAUCGGCUGCGAGGAGCCUACCACCACCACGCCACAGCCGACCACCACCGCCGUCACAACGCCCGAGCAGUUGCAGUGCACGGAACCGCUGGGCUUGGGGGCCGACCUUCCGCUCGAGAGCAUCGAAGUGUCCUCGAACAACGACGCCAGGCCCUUCCUGAAACUGGACAGCGAGAGGGGCUGGAGGCCGACGUACAGCACGCCGAGGGAGUGGAUAAUGUUCGACUUCAUGUCGCCGCGGAACAUCACCGGCAUAAAGACCAAGGGCGGCGCCAACGGGUGGGUGACGGCCUACAACGUCACGUACUCCUCCAACCUGUCGCUGCCGUUCAGCCCCGUGGUGGACAGCAACGGCGCCAAUCAGCUGUUCCCCGCGAACUUCGACGCGGACACUGUAGUGUUCUUGCAGUUCCGGCCCCCCAUCAGGGCGCGAUACCUCAAGCUGCUGCCGAUCAAGUGGUCCGGCAACUUGGAGAUGAGGGCUGAGCCCGUCGGGUGCUUCGAGCCCUAUCCUACCACAAUCGCCCCCACACCCACGUCUUCGCCCAACGCAUCUGAGCCCAGCUGCGAGCUUUGCCCCGGCAUCCCCCCCUCCACCUGCAACUGCUCGGCGCCCACGCGCUACUUCGACGGCACCGGCUGCGUUUCGCGGGACCAGUGCCCAUGCGUCGAGGGCUUUAUAACGUACGGAGUGGGCUCCGCUUUCCGCGGCACCAACUGCGACGAGUGCAUGUGCAAGUUGGGCGGCAUCACCGACUGCAAGCCGGUCAAGGAAUGCAACUGUGAGCCGGACCUGGUGCCGAAGCUGUCCCCGGACACGUGCGAGUGCACGUGCGAGCCGUGCCCCGAGGGGUCCCGGCUGUGCCCCAGCAGCAAGCUGUGCCUGCCGCUGGAGCGCUGGUGCGACGGCCUCCAGGACUGCGGCGACGACGAGCGCCUCUGCAGCACCUCCGCCAGCCCCCGGCCGGCCGUCACCGAGCCCACGGUGGUCACCACCGUGGUGCCCACCGCGGCCGCCGCGCCCCCCACCACCACCGCCGCGCCGAAGCCUCUGGAAUGUCCCAAGGUUGAAUGCCCGCAUGGUUACUUCGUCCAAUAUACUUCCAAGUCGCGGCCCGGCCACUCGAGACCAUCUACUUCUGAAUUUCCUCAACCCAGGCAGAGAUAUUCGUACCAGAGGUAUUAUAGGGGUGGCUACAGUAAAGGCGGCUUUGCAAAGGGUGGUUUCUCCAAGACCAGCUAUUCCAAGGGAGGAUUUUCUAAAGGCGGUUCUUACGGUCAGGCGAAGCCGCCCCAACAGAACCAAGUGUUCUUGCUGGAUAAGCCCAAUUUGAGCCAAAGCGCAACGCCGUCUAAGGAGGAAUGCGCGCAGUUUAAGUGCAUCCCGAAACUGCCGCCGCCCCCAAGACCGGGCUCUACACCGGCACCGGUUAUCUGCUCUGCCCCCGCGUGUCCACCACACUACACCCUUAAAUUGGAAGCGGCCACCGAUUUCAACAAGUGCCCGCUGUACGUGUGUGUGCCUCCCGUGGAGAGGCCAGUGUACUGCAACGUCACUGGACGCACCUUCACCACCUUCGACGGCGCCGAGUACAAGUACGACGUCUGCUUCCACAUCCUCGCCAGGGAGAAUCGCUUCAACUCCUGGACAGUUCUAGUCCGCAAGAAGUGCCGCCCCGAAGGCUGCGUGAACCAGUUGAUGGUGCAUCAAGACGAUCAGCUUAUCCUCGUGAAACCGAACCUCAUGAUCGAGUACGAUAACUACGAGUACACAGUGGAGCAGACCAGCAAGAUCUGCUUCCAGAAGAACAGCUUCGAUGUCGACCGCCUCGGCAACGGCGUCUCCAUAAAGUCCAGGAAAUAUAACUUCAUCGUCCUGUACACGACCGACGGCGAUGCUUUCAAAACUCACAUGGGCCAUGUAGACGGUCUGUGCGGCGCAUACGACGGCGACGCCAGCAACGACAGGCAGUUGCCGAGCGGGCGACUGGCGACCAGCAUCGACCAAUUCGGCCGCGCCUGGGCCAAGCCCGGCCUCAAGCCCGACACGUGCCAGCCCAAGCUCAUACCGCCCAAAGAACAGAAGAAGUGCUGGGACAUGUGCAAAGUUAUCACGGAAGAGCCGAUCUCUCAAUGCGGUAAAGUGCUUAACCUGAACAAGUGGCGCACCAUCUGCUUGGAGAAGAUAUGCGAGUGCGCUGAGCAAGUGGUGAACGGCACCAAGCGAACCGAUGAGGAGUGCAGAUGCUUGCUAAUGGAACAGCUGGUGGCGGAAUGCUUGGCCGCCGACAAAAACUUGGACAUCCAGAGUUGGAGGAUGCAGAUGAAUUGUCCGGCGGAGUGCCCUGCCCCGCUGGUGCACUACGACUGCUACCGGCGCCGCUGCGAGCCCACUUGCGCGUCCGCCGGCUCCACGAGGCGCUCCUGCCCGCCCGAGGACGGCGUCUGCUUCCCCGGCUGCUACUGCCCCGAGGGCCUCCUUAGAAAGGGCGACCAGUGCGUCGCCCCGCUCGACUGCCUCGACUGUGCUUGCCACGGCGCGGGUACUCCAGCAAAUUACGCAACGUUCGAGGAAGAUGACCUGCCCUUCCUGGGAAAAUGCACUUACCUUGCAUCGAGAGACAGGAACGAGACUGGAAUACAUAAAUAUCAGGUUUACGCGACGAACGAGCCGUGCAGUGACAACAGUAGCGUCGUGUGCACGAGAACAGUACAUGUGAUAUACGAAAAGGACGUGAUCCGUAUCACUAAGGAGCCAGUCACAAACAUGAUCCAGACAUUCGUUAACGGCGGGCCGGUGUUCAAGUAUCCCAGAAAGACCGACUGGGGCGAGAUAACUAAAGUUAACGGCAAGGACGUGACCGUACUCUUGCAGGACGCUCACGUGGAGGUGACGGUGGGGCAGGGGAAAAUGGAGUUCGGCGUGAGGGUGCCGUCCUUCCUGUACGCCAACCAGACGGAGGGCAUGUGCGGCGUGUGCAUGGGCUACCGCGAGCAGCUGCUCACCAGCAACGGCACCGCCACCGACGACUUCGAACUGUACGGCAAGAGCUGGCAGGCGGACGUGGACACGCUGACGCAGCUAGGCGAGUCGAUGCUGGCGCAGUGCGGCGAUUUGCCACCAGAGCCAGAGUGCGUGCCGCCACCACAGGACCACAACCCCUGCCUCGUGCUGCGCGACGUACAGAAGUUCGGAGCGUGCCACGCCCUCGUCGACCCGGACGUCCACAUCGAGUUGUGCGAAGCCGACCUGUGCGCGUUCAACACCACGGAUGCCUGUCCCUCGCUGGAGCGGUACGCGGACGAGUGCCGCCGCGAGGGCGUCUGCCUGGACUGGAGGGGAGACCUCUGCCCCUACCCCUGCGAAAGCCCGUUAGUGUAUAGAAAUUGCGUCGACUGCGAAAGGACUUGCGAGAAUAAUGAGGAGCUCGAAAGUAAUCCAAAUAAGUGCAAAAAACUGCCAGUGGAAGGCUGUUUCUGUCCAGAAGGAAAGGUACGAGUCAACAACACGUGCAUAGAGCCAACUAAAUGCUUCCCAUGUGAUGCGAAUAAAGAACACUACGCUGGCGACGAAUGGCAGGAGGACGCGUGCACGAAAUGCGCGUGCAGCAAGCUGGCGGGCACCAACGAGGCCCACGUGGCCUGCACCAAGCAGACGUGCGCCGCGCCCGUCUGCGGAGAGGACGACCACCUAGUAACCGAGCCCCCCGCCCCGGGCAAAUGCUGCCCCACUUACAUGUGCGUUCCCAAGCCUCAAGAGAAGCAUUGCGAUGAGCCGAAGAAGAUGGAAUGCGGAUUUGGCCAGGUCCUUAAACAGAAGACCACUGCGAAUAACUGCAAGGAGUUCUCGUGCGAGUGCAAGCCGGCGAGCGAGUGCGAGCCGAUCCCGCCUGACAGCGAGGUGGAGAUCAUGGAGCCGGGCAUGCAGCGCCUGGUGGACAGCAGCGGCUGCUGCCCGCGCGCCCAGAUGGUGUGCCGCCCGGAGAGCUGCCCCACGCCGCCGCAGUGCGGGAACUUCGAGACGCUCAACCGGCGCAACGACUCCGCGCGCUGCUGCCCUUCGUACGAGUGCGAACUACCAAAGGACAAAUGUGUUGUGACUUUGGAGUGGGAGGCGGCUCCAAAGGGAGGAGAAAAGUUACGCAGCGAACCCCAAACGAUCCUGAAAAAUGUGGACGAGGUGUGGCUGGACGGGCCGUGCCGCUCGUGCCGCUGCGUGGGCGGCGGCAGGGGCGCGGCGGCCCAGUGCGGCGUCACCGAGUGCCCGCCGCUGCCCGUCAGCGAGCAGUUCGUGCUGGAGCCGAGGCCGGUGCCCUUCAGCUGCUGCCCGCAGCCGGUGCACGUCGCCUGCCGCCACGGCGACAGCGUCUACAAGGUCAACGAGACGUGGUCGUCGCCUUCGAACCCCUGCGAGUCGUACAAGUGCGUGCGCGUCGACGACAGCCAACUCGACAUGGUCACCACAGUACAGGAUUGCGAUCGGGACUGCCAACCAGGUUGGGAGUACGUGCCGGCCGAGGAGAGCAGCGGCCAGUGCUGCGGCAAGUGUAAGCCGGUGGCGUGCGUCUGCGAGGACAAGAUGCACCCCAUCGGCGAGACGUGGACCUCGGCGGACUUCUGCGCCAACUACACCUGCGUCGACCUCAACGGGACCCUUCAAGUGCAAAGCUCGAACGAGACGUGCCCGAAGGUGUCGGAGAAGAUGCAGAAGCAGUUCGUGCUCACAGAGGAGAAGAUCCCGGGCAAAUGUUGUCCGAAAGUCGAACCCGUCGCCUGUCGCGUUGACGACAAAAUCUACCAGAUCAACGAGACGUGGAAGUCGGCUACUGAUGCGUGCGAGUCCUACCAGUGCUCCCAAGUUGAGGACAAAUUGGAGAAGGUCACCACCGUUCAGAACUGCGAUACGGACUGCCAACCGGGCUGGGAGUACGUGCCGUCCGCGAACAAGGGCGAGCAGUGCUGCGGCAAAUGCAAGCCGGUCGCGUGCGUCGGCGAGGGCAAGCUGCACCCCAUCGGGGAGGUGUGGACCUCCACCGACUUCUGCACUAACUACACGUGCGUCGACCUCAACGGCACUCUGCAAAUUCAAAGCUCCAACGAGACGUGCCCCAAGCCCAGCGAGGCGAUGAAGAAGCAGUUUGUGCUGAAGGAGCAGCAGGUCGAAGGGAAGUGCUGCCCCGUGAUCGAGCCUGUCGCCUGUCGCGUCGGCGACAACGUCUACCAGGUGGGCGAGAACUGGACAUCGCCGGUGGACGCUUGCGAGUCGUACGAAUGCGCGCCCGCCGAGGACGGCAAGCUGCACAGGGUCACCACCCUGCAGGCGUGCGACGACGACUGCCAGCCGGGUUGGGAGUACGAGCCUUCCGCCAACCAGAGCGAGCAGUGCUGCGGCAAGUGCAAGCCGGUGGCGUGCGUCUGCGAGGGCAAACUGCACCCCAUAGGGGAGGUGUGGACCUCGGCGGACUUCUGCACCAACUACACGUGCGUCGACCUCAACGGAACCCUGCAAGUGCAAAGCUCCAACGAGACCUGCCCAGAAGUGACCAAGGCCAUGCUGAAACAGUUCGUCUACUCGGAGGAGAAGAUAGCGGGCAAAUGCUGUCCGAAGCGCGAGCCGACAGCCUGUCGCGUCGGCAAUGAAAUUUAUCAGGAGGGCCAGAGCUGGCGGACGGCCGACCCAUGCGCGAACGUGACGUGCGCGCGCGACCCCACCGGCGCCCUCGCGCACAAGGAGAGCGCCGAGAGCUGCGUGCGCGAGUGCCCGCGCGGCUGGCACUACGCGGAGCCGCCGCCCGGCCGCUGCUGCGGCCGCUGCGACCAGCACGCCUGCCUCGUCGACGACGCGCUGCGCGCGGCCGGCGAAACCUGGCAGUCGGCCGACAACUGCACUACGUACUCCUGCGAGCGUGACGGCAACGAAUUCUUCACGACCUCCUCGAGGAGGCCCUGCCCCGAUGUAUCCGACUGUGCACCAGAAAACCUGGUGAACGAAACCUGCUGCCAGGUCUGCAAGCUCCAGCCGUCUCCGUUGAGCACGUGCGUGCCGACGACGGUGCCAGCCGCUGAGACGGUGGGGCUGGUGCGCUUGCCGACGGGCCCCCACGGGCUGUGCGUCAACCGGCUGCCCAUCACCGGCUUCAAGGAGUGCCACGGCAGCUGCGACUCCGGCACCGUCUACAACAACCAGACGGGCGCGCACGACACCAGGUGCGAGUGCUGCGCCGCGGUGAAGUACGAGCGCGUCCUGGUGGGGCUCGUCUGCGAGGACGGCACGCAGCGGUUCCACACCGUGGCGUCGCCGAAGCGGUGCGCCUGCGUCGGCUGCGGCGCCCACAACCGCGCCGCGUCCAAAACCGGUUACAAGGGGCACAGGUACAGUUCCCCGCCCCCCUACGAACGCACCAUCAAGGACGAGGACUACAACAUACCAGAGAUGUUUGCGCGCUACGGCGAGACUUCGCCCAGACCGCGACUA